AUGAUGAAACGAUCGCUAAUUGGAUUGCGUGCCAGGCAGAGGCCACGACCACUGUUGGGAUCGCUGUUGAUGCUGUUUCUGCUAGCGUUUGAUGCCGUUUCAUUCACAAAUGCGUUCAUCGUGCCGGAGGAGCUGCCAUCGAUACUUUCCCUGGUCUAUUCCAACAUUCCACCGAUCAAGAAAGGAACGGACUCGCGGAUAGGUUUCGGAUUUCGACUUGGGGAGCAUGCAGACUUUCAAGUUCAGCUAGAAUUGGGUCCACAGCUCAAUACGCGACCGAUUGGAGCUGCAGCGAGCAGUAGCAAACGUUACGUCGACAAUGACGAGUAUGCGAACUCUGUGCGGAAUCCAACCCGAAAUGGAGGUUCCACCUCCUGGUUGCAAGCGUGGUCUAAGCAAACGAAACAAAGGCAACAGUUCAACAAGGACAAGCUGCGAGAUUCGCUAAUGCCACCGGCACCGAUCAUGGACGAAGGUGCUUACAAUCAGCUUCAGCAACUGUACGAAAUGAACAAACAGCGCGAGUAUGAAGAUUCGGUCGGAACACUUCCAGCGGAAGUGCUAGAGACACGUAUCAAUCAGCUGAAAGCACUGCACAAUCCCGUCACACCGUUUAAACCGAUGCCAAGCGAGCCACGGACGGGUACAAGUGUGUCGGAGGAAAAGCCCCUUCAGACAAAGGAAGAGCCCUCCGAAGGAAUGUUAAUAGUUGUUACACCGGAUGUACCAAUUAGUACGACAACCAUACCGACGGAAUCGAUCUCCAUCGAUAGUGAAAAGACAAAGGAUACGGGCCUUACCGUCGAUAGCGGACGAAGAAAUGUACGACGACGAACUAAUCGACCGGUGAGCAAACGCGACAAGGAACGAAUAACCGCCCAACUGUCCGAUGUUUCGCUGGACUAG